AUGUCCGAUGAGAAGCCAACUGAAGACGAAGAGAGAGGGACAGUUCAAUCAGAGUCCAAUCUUUGGCCGAGAAAUCUUCAAGCAAGAUGCCGAAGGGAAAAGACGAUUGCGACGAGGCUCAACGACGGUGACGGCGAGGCUCAACGAUGGCGUCAGCGAGGCUCAACGACGGCGAUGCUCAACUACAGUAGUGGCGAAGCUUUGCACGGCGGCGACGAUGGCAGAAAAUCGAUUCGUGGGUUUAAAAGAGAAGAGGAGGAAUUAAAAAUCAAAAGCAAAAAAUAA